AUGCGCACUGAUGGCGGAGGAUGGACCGUGUUCCAGAGAAGACAGGAUGGCUCGGUGGACUUCUAUCGCGGAUGGAACGAUUACAAAUCAGGCUUUGGUCAGCUGACGGCUGAGUUCUGGCUGGGAAACGACAAGAUCCACAGACUGACGGCCGCAAAACCCAGCACCCUACGAGUGGAGCUAGAGGACUGGAACGGAAAUAGAAAAUAUGCCAAAUAUGGCAAGUUUAACAUUACUGAUGAGCAGGCGAAUUAUCGACUUGAAGUAGGUUCAUAUUCAGGGACGGCGGGAGAUUCUUUUAACACCGGCUUGUCUUUCGGCCUUAAUAACAUGGCGUUUAGUACAAAAGACAGAGAUAAUGACGUUUGUAAUAAUUGCAACUGUGCUGUGGAUUGGACUGGUGCCUGGUGGUACAAUAAUUGCCACAGCUCCAAUUUAAACGGAAAAUACCUGGGAAACACCAAUGGGGAUCAUAAAGGAAUCAUUUGGUAUAACGAUUUCCGUAGUAUUUCGCUAAAGUUCACCGAGAUGAAAUUGAGGCCGUCAUCAUAAAUACAAAAUGAGAUAGAAAGGCAUGUUUAAUAUCAACACAGCAGCGAAAAAGCUGAAUGACUGUAACCACAGGUAGAUCGCUCUCUGUUCGUGUGGCCGUUGUUGUUGUUGAAAUCUGACCAUCGAUAUAAAGUACAUGUGUAGACAUAACUGCGGCUACAAUUUGCUCAAAAGAUUUGAGCGUAAAAGUUUGUGUAAAAGUUUGCGCAAUAUGAUAACUGAGUUGUGUGUGAGUGAUUUUUCAUGGGUUUCUUAGCCAUUCUGUUGAAAGCAUUAAUUUCGGUCUUAUUAUUUGGCCGGCAACUAGAUGUAUUCUCCCUUACUUCUAGCCGCUGGUCUGAAUAAUUGUCCAGCAAAAAUAGCACAAAAAGUUAGGGAUGGUGAAAAAACAAAUGACACGUUUCGUAGUAAGUUAAAAAAAUGCGUUUGAACAGACUGGGGCGUUCAAUUCCUUAUUUUGUAGUAAAUUCCCCAGCCGCCAUAAUGUUUAACUGUAUUUCUUCCAUGCACUGUUAUAUAUCAAAUCCUCAGAUUUCACUGACUAACAACAACGACCACGCGAACAGAGGGUGGUUUGUCUGUGCUUUAAACUUAGAAAAACAACCUGAUAAGGAAAUUACGGCCGUAAAAAAUGAAAGUAUAAUAUGCUUAUAUCUACAGAACCUAUAAAUUACUAGACUAAAACUAACUAUAUGAUAUAUCCUACAGCUGAUUGCCGUUUUUAAAGUCAUUUAAUUCCAUUCAAUUUGUCGUAUUUUUAUCAUAUAAUAAUUGUGUUAUGAAAGUGCAAAAAUCGAUAGCAGAAGAUGAAUAACAUUUAUGAUUUUAUAUUUAAAUAUUGCUGUUUUCAGUAUUAAAACAAAUUGAUAAGAAGUAAACUGUUUGAUAAGAAAAGUAGUGUCAUCAAGAUAUCAGAGAUAAUUUUUGUGAUCAUAAGCUUAAUUAAUUUAAUCUAUCUGGGCCCGGUUCCUGAGAGGCCGAUUAGUGUUAAUCCAGGAUUAAAGUUUCGUCCCGUUUUGGUAUUUUACAUUCGUAGGCAUUGCUUAGGGUAACAUUUUGGGUUAUCAUUACUGUAUCUCGUAGUAAAGGCUCAACGGUAUUUUGCAACGCAACCUCGAGUUGCAUGUUCUUACACGAGAAAACCGUGCUUGAAAUUUGGCUUAAUCCUGGGUUAAACUUAACCAUCUUUCGAGGAACCGGGCCCUGGUUGGCUAGUUAGUCUGUAAAUUGUUCUGCUUGAAAAACUGUUCUUCUUAAUUGCCACACCUUGAGGCUUGGUGUUGAUUUUUUGCUGUUGUUGUUGUUCUUUUUUUAAAUAUACUUUUGACAAUAAUUAAACUGCAUCAAAACCAAAGAACAUUAAGUAGCAAGCAAAAUUUCUGGGAAAAACAAGGCCGUUAAACGAUAAAGAAUCUACGCUACAAGGAACGGCGGAAAGCGCAAAAAAAAUUUAGGGUUAGGGGUUAGGGUUAGGGGUUAGGGUUAGGGUUAGGGUUAGGGUUAGGGUUAGGGGUUAGGGGUUAGGGGUUAGGGGUAGGGGUAGGGUUAGGGUUAGGGUUAGGGUUCCAGUGCCCAGGCCUCAUUUUCUUGGCCGCGUGUUGAUCUGGCCCGGCUGCUUCGGUCUGUUUGGAUUAUAUUCUUCGAGUUUGUCAAAGUCUGUGGGAUUCGUUUCUCUAUCUGGGAAAGCUUCAUUGGUUUCUAUAUCUGCUGCUAUCCUAUUUCUACGAUCCUGGCAUGUUUAUUUUCCGUUGGAGUUCGAAUUUCGUGGAAAAAGUUGUGUUGAAUGAGAGCAUGUCGGCGAAAAUGGCACCUCGUGUUUCCUACCUUGUAUAUUAUUAUUGUAGAUAGAGUGAAUUUAAACAAAUUACUGAAAAUUAUCACGAAACUUCGUUGGAGCAAUAAGGACAACAACAAUUAACUGCAGAGUAAGUUUUAUUGAUCUUUAUUUAGUAUUUCCUAGAACUUUUAGGAUGAUAUUUUUACCCCAUACAAACACUGUAAUUUUACUGGAACCGUACUGUGGUACUAUCACAGAGCGUGGGUUACCUGUGGUUAGUCGUACGAUCCAUCGACUGCAAAGGAAAAAGUGUUUGCUGUCUAUAGAGAGUUCUUGUUUUAAUAAAAAUGAAACAAAUUACCUUUGACGUUCUCAUUUUCGUAGUCAUCAUCGCGUGGUUGCUAUCCUAUCUAUUGGUAGCUGAAAAUUGUUUUUUUUUUUGUAUUUUGCUCCAAAAGCUGCUUUAGUCAUUUCAAGACAUUGAAGUGUGAAUCGUGACGCGUGAUCUCUAGGGUCUUCCAGCAGCGAAAAAUCACGGGACGGAAAUCGAUCUGUCUCUGAUCUAAGGCCCAGUUCAAACGUCAAAUUUCACAUGUGCCGAAUUUAAUUGCUAUUUUAGUCGACUAAAAUAGUUAAAUACGGCAUUUGAUUCAAACGUCGAAUUUAACUCACUGAACUUUGUCGAAUUUAACUCUCUUCGCUGUCAAUAUUCCCAGUAAUAUAAUAAUAAUUUACUAAAAUUCAUUCAUUUAGCUCGGCACAUGUGAAAUGCGACGUUUGAAUCAAAAGUCGAACCUAAGUCGAAUCUUCGACUGUUUCAGUCGCAGAUACGGUAAACGUUGCAUUUUAACGUCGCCCUUCACAUGCAUUUAACUCUCGCGUUAAGUUCGGCACAUGUGAAAUUCGACGUUUGAACCGGGCCUAAGUCAGCGUACAACAGAGUUUAUUAAUUCUACCCCGAGGUCAAGACCGGCGCUUUAAAAGAGUCGGAGUAAAAAUUAUAUCUCGCCAGUAUUGAAACAAAAUAUGUAGAAAGGUCAGUAAGUCAUGAGUUCAUAAUUGAACUCAAAGCCCUAUUCCUCGAAAGAUGCUAAACCGUGAUCAAGCCAAAUUUUAAGCAACGUUUUCUUGUCUAAACACAUGCUACUCGAGCUUACAACAUGCCGUUGAGUCUUAACUCCGAACUACAAAAUUAACAAAAAAUUGUACUGUAGGCAAUCCUCGUACUAAAUAGUAAUUCAAUUAUUACUUAGUACGAGGAUUGCCUAGAGUACAAUUUUGUGUUAUCAUUUUUGUAGUUCGGAGUUAAGACUCAACAGCAUCUUGUAAGCUCGAGUAGCAUGUAUUUAGACAACAAAAUGUUGCUUAAAAUAGUAAUAAUUUAUGAACUUUAUGAACUACUGUGCGCAACUUAACAUGAGAAUGAUAAGCUGCGCAUCACAACUACACUACUUUACGAGAAACAAACAAAAGAUAAUGGAUUUAAAAAAAUAACAAUGAAAAGAAUACAUAUGCAUGCAAGUAAGAACUGAAUAUAAAAAGUUGGUCACCAAUAAACAGUUCUAAAAAGAUAAGUCUUAAUAUGCGUCUUAAAACUCAGGAAAACUGUUCACAUUAGUAAUCGCUUGAAGUUCUUUUGGAAGACAGUUCCAGAGCGUUGGCGCUGCUACCAUAAAAGCUCUAUCACCUAACGUAGUCUUCGGUCGAACAGCUGGCACAGAAAGUACUAAAAUACUACCUGAAGAUCUAAGGUUAUAUAAAGACGAUUUAAAUGUUAGUAGCUCGCAAAGAUAUUUAGGAGCAAGGCCAUGAAUUGCUUUGAACGUAAUAAGCAGGAUCUUAAAUUGUGUCCGGGCUUUAACAGGAAGCCAAUGCAGACCACGAAGAAGGUGUGAGAUGUGGCAAAAGCUAGGCGCACUACAAACUAGCCUGACUGAGGAGUUCAAAAUUCUCUGUAUUUUGUUAAGCUGGUAGGAGGGGGGCGUAAGGGUUUGCGGUGAUGCGGUUUUGCGUUAUUUUUGGUGCGGUUUUGCGGUAAUUUUUAUUUUAACUCGCGGUAUUACGGUUUCAAAACACUAAGCGGUUUGCGGUUAUUACAACCUUUAAGUCGCGGUUUUCGGUGAAAAAAAGUGUCUGCGGUGAUAACACUCUUUAGAACGGUCGGCAUCCGGUUGUUUUGAAAGCGCGAGCCAAGUGUUUUGUUUUACAACGCAUCAGGGUUCAUUAUAUCAGCUUACAAUUUAACUCUGUGGUUUGCAAUUACGGCCUUUUCCAGUUAAUGCCUAAUGUGAUUAACCGUUUUGCCCAAUGAUGUCGACUUCGUGAAAUUCCAUGCCGGAUGUUAGCUCGUACAGCCGUACAACCUCAUGUUCUCGUUGCUUUGAUUCAAUGCGCGACAAUGGCAACUGAGGUCGUCGAGGUCGCAACUGAAAGCGAAGUAGUAAUUAAUUGCGUGGCAAUCUUCUGUGAAGAAGGAAAGGAAGGGGAGAAUUUCAGAAAAAAGAACAAAUUUCGUUGUAAGGUAAACAAAAAUGAGAAGCGCGUCAUUAAAUUCACAGAGACAGUCUGGUAAGUACUACCACAAUUUUACUUAGUUUUAAUGUAAUGUAAAGCUCCCAAAAAACGUCUACGCAUUCCAAAGCAGCACUGAUUCCAGAUCACUAAGUGGUCGUAUAAUAUUUAGUCUCUUUAGGUCUCUUAGCCUGCGUAGCAAGCGUUUCCAGUCGAGUUAUAGCGCGAAAGUUAGUUCCUUUUUUUUUGCUCUCGUCCCAACUUUCUCGACGAACUCGCGCGGAAAAGCUUGCUAUGCAGGCUAUAGGUCUGUAGACGAGGUCGUAGACCUGUAGAGGACCUGUUCAGGGCUUUGGGUCCUUUGGGACCCUUUGGGUUUUGAACUUAUUCGAUAUACAAUACUGGCUUGUUAAUGGUGUUUGUUUAAGACCAUUUCGUCCAUUUUGAGUCAAAACUCUCAGGGUUUUUGUCCUGUAAACGACUAACGACUCCUUUUAAACAGGUUUAAUUUAUAGAAAGGUCUAUAUAGAGUGAUAUUUUCUCGUUUGUCGACUGUCGGAAAAUAACAACACCCCUGGAGACCUUGGAGAUUUGGACGGCCAGCAGUAAAAGGUCAAGUCACCAUGUGCUGAGUCUGUGCUUAAUUAGUGAAAUCCCCUUAAUUAUUCAUCAGCGGUCAUAGUUUAGUUAGUUAGUUAGUUAGCGUUAUGAUGGUAUGUUUAAUACUAACGCACAAUGUUAUCAGAAUAUUUCACAAGUCUUGCUGACGUCAGCUUUCAUAUUGUGGCCUACAUGUACGCGCGGUUUCGGUAUUCGGGAAAAAAUCCGAUGCGGUUUGCGGUUUUUUGGCGUAUUUCUGUGCGGUUUUGCGGUUUUCGGACCCCCUUACGCCCCCCUCUGGUAGCUGGGCAGCCCAUACAAAAGACUGUUGCAAUAAUCAACACGAGAUGUAAUAAAUGCAUGGACAAGCAUUUCCGUCGAUUCUCGAGACAAAUGCUUGCGGAAACGUUUGAUAUUAUGCAAAUUGUAAAAGGAAACACCGCAUAACUUGCUAAAUUGAGUUGACAUAAUGAGCUGCUCAUCAAACCAUGAGCCUAGGUUUCUUGCUACUGUUACAGGACAAACAUCAGUCGACCCAACCCGAAUGCAAUUGAUGUUAAAUUUGCCAGCUCAUGCCUAGUACCUACAAUUAAAAAAUUGUGUACUCAUACUCAUACUAAUUUUUCUUGGACAAAUCUGUCCUGGCCAAAGGGGGAAAGGUGCAACCCGUGAAACAAGCCACACCGGAAACUCCGUGCCCUACUAUUUACGACAAGUCCGUGGGUUCUUCAACGUUCCCUGCUGACCAUGUCAACACUUAAGAUGCAGGAUACGGGGCCUACGAUUUAUCGUCCUUAUCCUAAAAGACCAGUCUAACCAUUUGCAGUUGUCAUUCCAAGGGCAGCAUGUCACGGUCUGGGGCUCGAAUCCGAGACUUGUCGCACAGCAAUCUGACGCUCUGCCAACUGAGCUAACCGGUCGGCGGUCAAAUACAUCAGACGGUACAUGUAAAUACAAAAGGUGGAACAAAAUUGUAACCCUGGAUUAGCACUAAUCGGCCUCUCAGGAACGUUGCACAGAUCUGCCGAAAUGUGAUGAACUCUGCCGAACCUCUAAGAGGAAAACUAGGGAAAGGUAUUACUGUAGACAUUGUAUUACAUUACUGCGCAGGGUUUUAAAUAGAGUGAAUACACUUCCUGAGGGUAAAUGUAAAUUAGAACAUUCAUCUUUAUAUAACAUGCGGGAAGUGUUUGGUUUGAUGCCGAAAAUCGCUGUGAGCACACCUCACGCAAUACGAUUCGUGUUUCGAAUAAAAUGCAAUAACACGCACACAAAACCUGCGGAAGAACCCUUAAAACAAUACCUGUUUUACCCUUAAAGAGAAGUUAGUUUUGACAUUGGAAUAAGGGAGGGGUAGCUGAGCAGACUACAAUCUAAUUGCUGCAUGCAAAGCCACAGCAGACUAAUUAAGGUCGCGUACGUGCCAGCCUGAGCUGCCUGUGCCCGAAGCCAGCGUUAUUUGAGAUUUUUGGAUGUAUGUAUGUAUAUCACCGCAUUUGCCUCGAUUUCAAGUAUGGCCGUCGAAACCGAGACUCUUUCGUUCGUAGUCAAUCGAUUCAGAAAGUAAACUAAAGAACGUUAAGAACACAAAUAAAGUGUGAUGUGGAAAACUUUAAGCCCGGGAGAAAUCCUGCUUCGUGUAGAAAGCCUCGUUUUUGCAAGCGACGAGUAUAAAUGCAAGUGAAGGUAAAAAAAUUCCUGUGAAUUGACGCGGUAAAUAAAGUCGGUGUUUUGGCUAAAUUUGUAUUUGAUCUAGUCUGCUACACCGCAUUUUUUAGUGCCCUCACACAACGCUCCUCCAAAUGGCUGGUUUUCAGUGUCACGCCACUCAAAAUAGAUCAAAAUAAAAAUCAAAACCGUUCAAUAGAUAAAGUCCAGAAACUGGGACAUGAAAGGAGGUGCAUACACAAAGACCCUAGCCAAGAUUCAGGUCAGAGGAAUAUUUCGUAUACGAGAUAUCCGAAGAAAUGUUUUACCCAGACUUAUAGAGAUUUGUAUGGAGACGCCAUGCUGGUGCUCACCUGGAUGAGCUCCAACAUGGCGGACGGAAACCAACAGAAACAUCUGUUACCGAGUUUUGCCACAAAAGCGUGAAUUUAUUCUGCGAGAAACUCAUAAACAUUAAAGUAAUUCUUUUUCUAAUACAUGAACUGUUUAGAUAGCAAAAUUUCCUGAAAUAAGCCAUUUUUUUAACCUACAUGACAGCUCUCUUGGCCGUCAUGUAAAGGCCGCGUCAGGCAAAAGCUUAGAAAUUCAAGCGUCCUCUAUAACAAAACCAAGAACCCUUUUGAAGAGAAAAUUUGUAUGAAAAUUAGUUUUCAGCUGCUGUAAUGCAUCGUGAAAGUAAAAUCUCGGUAGGAUAGAUAGUUUUUUAGUUUGAAUUUUAGUGACGUCAUGUGAAAACCAACAAUAAAUCAACAAGGAGUUGUUUACAAUUUAAGGUGGAAAAAGAAUUGCUCCGCUGUUUCGGCUGCUUUUGGAAAAGAAAGAAAAGGCGAGCACUCUCAGUCCUCUCAUGAAAAAUAUAACAAACCAGAAUAAGGUUUUUUCUAACCAGGGACUGGACUCACAAUACUUUCAGCAUUUAAAUCCCAAGAGGUAGAUGUUAGUGGACUCGGAAGAAUAUAUUGCAAUACAACACACGUACUAAGUGUAUUACUUGCUGUUUCUAUUAGAUCACUGGCAAUAUAGACUUCAAAAAGCAUGACAUGUACACUUCCUGAAACAGCGAGAGCGAAUAUCCUCGCUCUUUUGCUGAAGGUAAACAUAAACAGUAAUGUUGAUUUUUCCAGCUUUUCAUUAACGUGUCGGAACGUGCAUGGUUUGAAGCAGAAAACCGUUUUGAUGACAUUAGAGUUUCAAAGAAUUUUCAAUAGCAAUGAACAUAAAACCUGCCCACCAGCCCCUUCCAUAAAAAAUCCAAACAGUUUAGCCUAAGUAAGAAGUUAGUGUUGACAUUUAGUUAGAGGGUAGGGGUAGAUGGGUAGAAUCUAACACUGAUCCACUCAAGAUAUGCCGAAACGGAUAUGAACUUUUGCCUCCUUAGAAAAGGGAAGUGAAAAUAAUGACCUUGAAUAACGCAGAAGUCCCUAUUGUUGACCAAAGUUAAGUACGUAUCAUGUAACAGGUUCACGUACCAGACUGCCGAAACGAUAUUGAAACUAGCCGAUCAGAAAUGACGACUCCAAAUUAAAGCAACGCUUUCCUUCUCUUGCUUCCACCAUAUCUGCUUUAGGUAUUGUUUUGUACUGCGUUGGGUUUUUAAGAGUUGAAUUAGAGUUGAACAAUUACAAGAAGAGAUUAAACGCGGUUGAAAACGUGGCGAAGAGCAUUAAUCCCCCAUCCAGCUAUUCAAUCUUCAAGUUUAAUGCUCACGGUAUGUAUUCAGCUUUUCUCAUUUUAUUGACGGAUUUUAGAAUUUCAUGCAGUCUAAAGGGCUUUUUUUUUCAACCUUUCUCGAAGUACAUUCAUAUGAAGGACUGAGGGAUCGCUGUAUGUUAUCUUAUGGCAAACAACACAGAGGGUGAGGCCUGUUUCAAACGUCGAGCUACUGCCGUGCUAAGCUGGCUCGACUGUAGCUCGACUGCAGCACGACAUUAGCAUGACUUGGUUUCAGACGUCGAAUUUAAUUCACACAAUGAUAGUCGAAUGGAUCGGCUGUUGCCAAAAACAAAACACAAAAAUAAAGAAACGGUCUAGCAAACUUUUAAAUAUAAUAUAAUGUAUUUAUAAUUCAUGAACUGAGUUCGACAUGGCGGUAGCACGACGUUUGAAACCAAGUCGAGCUACUGCCGUAUAGCACGGCAAGGCUUGCCGUGCUACACGGCAGUAGCGCGACUUGGUUUCAAACGUCGCGCCACUGCCGUGCUAAAGUCGAAUUUAAUUCGAUCCAUUGAGUUCGGCACGGCAGUAGCACGACGUUUGAAACGGGCCUUAGAGGGAUUAAGUUAUCUCGUUUAUAAAAGGCGUAUCAAAAGCCUUUCUUUCAAACAAGAGUUAUCUUUUCCAAAGAAAGGAAAGAAAUGAGAUUUUUUCCGCGAACGUGACGUUUGACUCCCGUCAUAAAAUUGAGUUCUUCCGUUCCUUGUUGUGACUGAGUUUAAGGAGUUGUGGUAGACAGUACUUCCUACAAUUCAAUGCAAGAAGCGGAAGACAGAGCUUUGAUUAAAAAAAAAAAAAAAAAAAAAAAAACAGCUUCAUUUCAAUGUUCAGUGAGCGGUAAUCCUGAGCCUGCAGUAGUGUGGAGUAAAAUGAACCGCAAUCAGUCACAAAUAAGUCACUCAGCGGUCUCCAGAAGAAAUUUGCUCUUGAAAAGUGUUAAAGGAUCUGACUCAGGCGAAUAUCGCUGUUCAGUGGCAAACAUCUUGGGACAAGCGCACGCGGUGGCAAUUCUAGUUUUAAACGGUGAGUUGUUUUUCUGAAAGAAUAAACAAAAUCUUUUUUCCUCAACUUUUUGUGGAGCUAGGAAAUUACAAGUUAGUACAUUUCUGCUACGUUAGAAGCGUUUCAGAAAAGUCGAGUCAUCACAUGACUUUUUGCAAAAGCAAGUCAGAUCUAACGCUUACCAAAUCAUCAUAGAAUAAAACCUUCAGGUGGCCACGUUGCUACUGAAAAAGCAAAACAAAGACUUAGCUCAGUGAUGAAGUAAUUUUUUGAACUUGAGUUUUCAAAGAGCGGAUUUUCCUAUUCACAAAUAAAUUCAGACUGCAAACCACAAAACCGACUCUUUUACGGUGAGAGUAACUUGAUUUUGGAAGAUACAACUGGUACGCUUGUCACGUGUCAUGAUAGUUCACUAGCUGUUACAAUUUAAACCAACAAAGUCAAAAAAUAGUUUAUUAAAACUAAAACUGAAUAACGUCAAGGUCAUGUUUAUUGUUCGUUAAAAAGGUCGUUUUUGACGUUUUCUACGAAGGCAUAAACUAAACUCAUUUCGUAUCACAAUGCAUCCCUUCGAAUAUGAGAUCAACAGCAUGCUUUAUUAUUGUCACGUGGCCGUGGGUCACAGUCUCCGCAAAUUGAAACGGUUAUUUUGCAUUUUACCGAUAAGAUUUUGGGUUAUAGGAAAAUUACCUACAACAUAGCUUACGUCUUGCUUUCGACAACUUGUUUUGCUUCCCUUAAAAUAUUUAAAACGUCUUUAUUUGAACUGCCUGUUAAAACUGACUAAUAUAUUUUUAAAAAAAAUUGCAGUUCGCCCUCGCGUUUCGCUGCAUCGGGGACCUAUUUACGUCGCUGAGGGAAGCAACGUCACACUUCCUACUUGCCAUGGUAUUGGCCAUCCCACGCCAGUGGUCAGGUGGAGCAUUAAAGCAUACAGUCAAUUACCUCAAGGAAGAGUACAGAAUAACAACACUGUGCUAAGAUUACUUCAUGUCAGUAAAACUGACUCUGAUACCUACCAGUGCUCAGCAUCUAACAUUUUAGGAUCCGCCGCACGACGAACACAUCUGGUUGUGGUCAUGCCUCCGAAGUUUAUCACCAAACCUCCUACAAAGCUAGAAAUCUUCACAGAUGACAACGUGACCUUAAACUGCAGUGCUGCGGGCGAUCCAAAACCAACCAUCCGCUGGACGAGACAAGGAGGACAGCUUCCCCUGGGAAGGAGUCACAUGUUGGGAGAGGCUUUGAUUAUCAGGGAAGUAAAAGUCGAAGAUACUGGAAACUACACCUGCAUAGCAAAAAGUGCUGGAGUCUCCAAAGCUUUUGCUAUGAGUUACGUUGUGAUGGCACUUCGAGGUAAAUUUGUAUGAUUAUUUAACCCAAACAUAACGUUCUUUGAAAUGGUAUUUGGAUUUCUUGUCGUUCAAUUCGUAUAGUAAUCGGGCGAGUGUUUUUAAAUCAAUUUGAAAUUUGGAGGGAGUAAUUACAAAUUACGAUUUGAAAUAACGAACCCGAUUACCAAUGACUUGUAGAACACGAAGUCCUAUUCAGCCAAUUAGUUAUGUUAAUGACAAAAUGCGGGAAUCUUAGUAUUGGUAAAAGAAUAUUUAGCAUUAUUUCGGCCGCCGGAUUAAAGAAAAAAUACAAACACGGCAGUUACUUCGGGCCGUAGAACGGAGAGAUGAAACUUUGAUCCAUCGGCGAGGAAAACGCCAAGCUAAAUUUUGGUUCUCCACGGUGAGAACUGAGUUCCAAAUUACAUUUCAGGAAUAAAAAUAAUAAACAAACAAGCUAAGGGUGAAAAGCGAAACGGAAAUACACUUUGGACAAACAUAGAUUCGAGCGACGUAAACAAACUAGUGCCUAAACCUCGCCUCGCAAGGAAUCAAAUGUUUCACAAACUCAUUACAGAAACGCGCCCAUUGAAAAACGUCGCCCGUGAAAAGUGGGGUACCCAUUAGGCUUUGCGAGCAAAAACGAAGUUUCAAAGACUACCGUCGUUUUCGGUCUCUUAUGAACUUCAUAGCGGUUAACUAUUCUCACACUUUCAAGAGACAAUGCAGAAACAAUAGAAGUAGGUUGCCAUUGUUUUAAGUUUUGGAAUGUCUUUGUCUGUGCUUCAAGUUUAUGCAAAGAGAAGCAUUUUUCUUCCUCGUGCACUAACAUAAAACCCUCGCGAAUUCGGUAGUCUCGUGCGAAUCGUUUUGAUGGCAAAACAGUUAAAGCUAAUCAGAAACCAAAGUAUUCUUCACUUAAAACUCAUCUUCCCGAAAAUCACUCGAUAAGAUUGAAUAAAAAUGUUUGCGGCGUUUAUAAAUAUUAUUAUCAGAAGUGGUAUUGUAGUUGUUUUCACGAGACGGAUUAGAUCGCUGUUUAGGUUUGGCCGUUAAAUAUGUAGUUAUAGCGUUCUUAAAGAAAGUAUCGCUCUUAAUUUUGCCUUAUACUUUGCUAAAAUCAAUAUCUUCAAUGAAGAAUGUAAGUGCGAGUGCUUUUUCAUCAAAUUUGCCCGUAAAUUUUAAGGUUUAUAAUAUUAUCCAAAACCUGUGACAAAAUCUAAACAAACUAUUAACGCAUCGGUUGCGCUCAUAUUUCAUCGAUCGAUUCGAACACCAAGAAGUUUGUAAAAGGUAGAAAUUCAUUUUAAGUAAGUUCAUUGAAUUAUUUACGGCAAAAUCAA